ACUUUUCCUGCUCAGCAGGGCGCUCUUAUCAGCUGCUGUUGAUAAGGAUGAGCUCCAGCAGCCUCCGCAGUGUUUUUCUUCCAGGAGCUGUGGGAGCUGAGCCAGCCGGGGGGCUGUGCUGGAUGGGGGGCAGGAAGAGCUGGAGCUUGGAAUAGGAAAGGGUUCUUCCUUCAGCGGGGUCUCGGAUCUGCCCCUGUGACAGGGGUGGACCUUUCACCCGGGCCCAGCUGCCAGCACCAUGUCCCUGUCCCUCCUUGCCGUGGCAGUGAAGGGACCCGGCGGGAGCAGCAGAUCGGCGGUCCCGGCCCCGGGGCAGGGUGUCCCCGCCGCAGGUGCUGCUCCCCGGGACCUUCCAGAGCCGGGGGAACGCGGAGGGGCCAUGGGGGCUGUCGGCAUCCUGGGCUGGCUGCUGCUGCUGCCGGUGCCGCAGGUGGCAGGCGCCCGACCCUGCAUCCCCAAGGAUUUUGGGCACGGCUCGCUGGUCUGUGUCUGCAAUGCCACCUACUGCGACACGCUGGACCCCGUGGUGGUGCCAGCCCCCGGCUCCUACGCCAAGUACGAGAGCAGCAAGGCCGGCAAGAGGCUGGAGAGGAGCGAGGGGAAAUUCCAGAGCAGCCUGAGCACCAGAGGGCUGCUGCUGACGCUCAACAUCUCCGCGCUGCACCAGCACGUGAAGGGCUUCGGAGGGUCCCUCUCCGAUGCUGCUGCCAUGAACAUCCUGAAGCUGUCCCAGGCAGCCCAGGACAACCUGCUGCGCUCCUACUUCUCCCAGAGCGGGAUCGAGUACAACCUCAUCCGGGUCCCCAUGGCUUGCAGCGACUUCUCCGUGCGCCCCUACAGCUACGACGAUGUCCCCAACGACCACGAGCUGAAGCACUUCAGGCUGGCGGACGAGGACGUGAAGAUGAAGAUUCCCCUCCUGCGCCGGGCUUUGGCCAUGAGCAAGCGGCCGCUGCUGCUGUUUGCCAGCCCCUGGACCGCCCCAGCCUGGAUGAAGAGUAACGGGGACGUCCGUGGCAAGGGGACGCUGAAGGGGAAGGCAGGGGACAAGUACCACAAGACCUGGGCCAACUACUUCAUCAAGUUCCUGGAUGAAUAUGCAAAACGCAACGUGACCUUCUGGGCGGUGACGGCACAGAACGAGCCGCUGGCGGGGCUCUUGACGCCCCCCCAGGCCCCCACCAUCGCCUUCACGGCCGCGCAGCAGCGGGAUUUCAUCGCCCGGGACCUGGGCCCCGCGCUGGCCCGCAGCCCCCACCGCACACGGCUGCUGAUGCUCGACGACCAGCGCAUCCACCUCCCGCACUGGGCCAAAGUGGUCCUGGGGAAUGCCACGGCUGCUCGCUACGUGGCUGGCCUGGCCGUGCACUGGUACCUGGAUGCCAUUGUCCCACCUGGCUGCAGCCUGGAGGCCACCCACAAGCUCUUCCCUGACCAUUUCCUCCUCUACACGGAGGCCUGCACUGGCUUCUUCACCUUCCGCUUCGCCGUGUCCCUGGGCUGCUGGGAGCGGGGAGACCACUACAGCUACAGCAUCCUGACGGUCAUGAACCACUUUGUGUCUGGCUGGACCGACUGGAACCUGGCCCUGGACCUUCAGGGAGGCCCCAACUGGGUCAAGAACUUUGUGGACAGCCCCGUCAUCGUGGACGGCAGCAAGGAUGUCUUCUACAAGCAGCCCAUGUUCUACCACCUGGGGCACUUCAGGUGGGUCAGGGGGGCUCGGGGGCUGCCACCAGCCCCAGGCCAGGGGCAGAGCCCCUCUCCUGGUGCUGUCCCCACAGCAAGUUCAUCCCCGAGGGCUCCCGGCGGGUGGGGCUGCACAGCAGCGGCCGCUGCCUCCUCUGCCAGCUGGAGCACGUGGCCGUCCUGCGCCCCGACGGCGCCCUUGUCCUGGUGGUCCUCAACAGGUUUGGCCGGGAUGUGCCCUUUGGGAUCCAGGACCCCGCCAUGGGGUUCAUCGAGGCUGUGGCUCCAGCUCACUCCAUCCAGACCUACCUGUGGCGCCAGCAGUGAUCGCCAGGGGAGUGCUGGGGGGCUCAGGGGGGCUCUGGGGGUCAGCUCUUCCUGCACCCUUUCCAGCAUCCCUCACGGCUGGGAGCAGAAGGUGAUGCCCUGCCAGGAGUGCAGCCCCCGCACGAGGGGCUCCGUGCGCUCCCGGCACCGGGACCUGCUGCUCCCCAGCCUCCCCUCCCUCCCGGCGCUUCCCAUCCCCCUGGAAGCUCCCCCUGCACCGUCUCCCGGAGCACACUUCCACACGUGGCCCCCUUGAAAGCUUCGCGUGUGCGGCGGGCGCCAAGUAAAGCCAUGACGCGCUCCCUGCGGAAUGCGCCCUUCCCGUCAGCGUUUCCUCUGCGCGCUCGGAAAUCGCUCGGUUUUCCUCGCCGGGGCCAGGGCUGCCCCGGGGGCUCCGGCCCCCGUGGCCUGCGGGUGGCUCCUUGUUUAUCCCUGCAGCUGGAGCCUCCGCUGCUGCCAGCCCUUGAUUCGUUCCAUAUGUGCUGUUGGUUUUCCCCAGCUUACUUUUUUUUGAGGGGGAAUUUAAAAAAAAAAAAAUCCAAAUGUCAGACGCUGUCGGAAAGGCAGAGUAAAUGAUAUCAGUGUCCCCAUCCACCAAACCUGACGGACGAAUUAGGCUGGUGCCACCUCUCCAGGGUGGCCUCUGGACAGAGUCCCCUCUAUUCUGGCUGUGGCCAGCACCGGCCGCAGCCCGCAGUGACCUCCCCGUCCUGUUUGCCUUCCCUAAAUACCAGUUUCAGUAUUCCCUGUGCCUUUGGGAACGUUACCAGCACCUUUGAAGUACAGGAAUGAGAAAGCCAGAGCUCUCCUUGGCCAAUGCCCCUGUGUGGGAGCCACGGAACUGCUGAGGUUGGGGAAAAUGAAAACCCCAGAGGAUUUACAGCUGGUUUAUUGGAGUGUGGUGUGAAGGUGGCACCGGGCUCCGUCCCAGCCUGUUCCUGGAGCACACCAGCCUGUCCUGUGCUUUUAUCCAUGUUCCUGGGGAGUGCUGGCCCCAACGGCAGCGGGGUCUGGCUGCCUGUGCUUGGAAUCACAGAAUAGAGUCAUGGAAUCCUUGAGGUUGGAAAAGACCUCGGAGAUCAUCAAGCCCAACCGUUCCCUCAGCGCUGCCAAGGCCAGCCCUAAAUCACGUCCCCAAGUGCUCCUUACACGUUCAUUAAAUCCCUCCAGGGAUGGCAACUCCACCACUGCCCCAGGCAGCCGAUGCCAGGGCCGCACAGUCCUGCCCAUGAAGACAUUUUCUUUAAUAUUCAACCUAAAUCUCUCCUGGGAAACGCCACAGCUCUCCUGAUGCAACUUGAGGUCAUUUCCUCUUGUCCUGUCCCUGUUGCCUGGGAGCAAAGCCUGACCCCCACCUGUCUGUCCCCUCCUGUGAGGAGCUGUGCAGAGCCAGAAGGUCCCUCCUGAGCCUCCUUUUCUCCAGAAUGAGCUCCCCCAGCUCCUCCUGGAGCUCCAGACCCUCCUCAGCUCCAUCCCCUUCCCUGGACAUGCUCAGACCCCUCCUCAGCUCCAUCCCCUUCCCUGGACAUGCUCAGACCCCUCCUCAGCUCCAUCCCCUUCCCUGGACGUGCUGCAGCCCUCAUGAGGGGCACAGAACUGACCUCCAGGAUUCGAGGUGUGACCUCAUCGGUGUCCAGCACAGGGACACUGCCCUGCUCCUGCUGCCACACCGUUCCUGACACGUUGGGAAUGUCCCCUUCCCAAGGGACACGAGAGCUCUGCUGUGCUGGGAUGGCUCACACGGAGCUCUCACCCCCGUGUCCAGCAGGAGGAGCAGGGCCUGGGGUGGGGGUGUGUUGGGGAGGUGUUUUCUUUGUGGGAAGGGACUCUUGGGGUACGUUCCUUGAGCUUUAUUUGCAGCAUCAGCCUCAUUACAUGAUUCAGCCAAUAAAAAGAUGGUAAAGCUCAGGUACAGCCAGCAGCAGCUGAAGAUUUAUUUGUUACAGAGCACUUGAAAAACUUUCUAGCCAAUAGUAAUUACAAAAGCUUACAGACAAUUGUUUCAGCCAAUUACUAAAAGUACUAAAAGUACUAAAAGUGCUCAUUGUAACAUUUUCUACGUUCAGCCUGCGCAGCUGCAGCCAGUUCUCUGUUCUGUUCCUAAGGCCUGCUCUUCCAGCUUGCUGAAAACCUCCUCACCUUGGCUGUUUCCCACGGGGGGCUGUGAUCUCCAGCCGGGGGCUGUGGCCCUGCCUGGGGGCUGUGGUUCCUGGCUGGGGAUGUGGCACUGAGUGAGGGGCAGUGGUCCCAGGGUGGGGGUCUCCUCCUGGCCACCCUCACCAGCUGCCCCAAGGGGACCCCGGGGAGCUGCCACCCCCCCGUGCCUCUGCCCUCCUCCUGUUUCUCCCGCGGAGCAGAUGCCUGUAAUUAGGAAGGAUCCCAAAUUAGACGGUGUGGAGCCCAGACUUGUUUUGCCGAUGAUAAACCGCUGCUGCUGGCUCCACCCAGCCCACGGCAUGGAGCUCCGGCCUCGGGGGCACGGCGGGGGCGAGGGGACCGGGGCGGGCUGUGCCCACCCCAGGAGGGGUCGGGAGUCCCUGCCCUGACCGGCUGCUACCUCUGCCCGUGCCAGGAAAGGUCCUGGAGCAGCCACAAACGGGACACAGGUCGUGGUUGUGGCACUGGUGGUGGCAAAGCCGAAGUGCUGCCAAGAGCAGGGAGCCAGCGUGGGCACAGCCAGCCCUGCCCGAGGUGUCCCAGGGGCACAGGGCUGCUCCCGUGGGGCUCUUCCUGGUUGUGGGGGG